GGGCUCGGGGCUCCCGCCGGCCCCACCGCCGCUGCCCGGACCGCUGCCGGUGCCGCUGCCCAGCCCUCCCGCCCCGCGCUACGGCCGCUUCCCAAGUAAGUUGCGGGUAAAGCAAUUGCUGGUCCGGCAGGUCCUCGCGAAGGGCACUGCCCCGAGUGCCCGCUCACCCCUUCUCUCCGCACCCUCUCUUGCAGGCAGGGCUGGUCCCGGCUCGCCAUGCCCGGAGCGCUGGGAGCAGCGCGGCAGGCUCUGCCCCGUUAGCCCAGGGCGCCCGGGGGGCCUCAGCCAUGGAUUCGUCCCCCCCUAUCCCCGGGGCCCCCCCUGGACUUCUGCAGGUCUGGCAGGAGGAGAAUCAGACCCAAGGCGGGCUCUGGAAUGGGAGCCAGGAACUGGGGUGGGAAGAGCUGGAGAAGAUGCUCUUCCUCUUCGCGAAGGAGCCCGUCACCAUCAGCCUCACAGUGAUGUACCUGGUGUCCUUUGUGGUGGGAUUCGUGGGCAACAUCAUGUCCAUCAGGGUGCUGACCCGCAAGCGCCGGAGUCGGGUGUCCAGCCUGAGUGCCACCCGCAGCCUCCUCAUCAACCUGGCGGUGUGUGACCUCAUGGUGGUGUGCAUCUGCAUGCCCAUCACCGUGGGCAACCUCAUCUACAAAGCCUGGGUGUACGGGGACUUCCUCUGCCGGGCAGUGCCCUUCAUCCAGGCUGUUUCUGUCUCCGCCAGCGUCCUCAGCCUGACGGUGAUCAGUGUGAACCGGUACUACAGCGUGCACAACCCUCUCAACGCCCGCUCUUUCUUCACCCAGAAGAGGAUCCUCAGCACCAUCCUGGUGGUGUGGUUGUUGUCCUCAGGGAUAUGCAUGCCCCUCAUCUUCAUGAACAAGCGGGAUGAGAUUGGGGUGGUGGAGGGCUUGCCCCUGGUGUUUUCCAUCUGCAGGGAGAUCUGGCCUCAGGAGAGGCUCAAGCAAGCCUACAACUUUCUGCUCUUCUGUGCCCUCUACUGCCUGCCAGUCCUGUUCAACAUGGCCAUCUGCUUCCUGACGGUGCGCCGGCUGUGGAGCCGCGGCAGCCAGCUGAAGGAGAGCUCCGCCCUGAACCGAUCCCUGCCGGCCUCCAGGCUGAAGGUCCGCAGGAAGGUCGCACAGAUGGUGGUGGCCCUGGUCCUGCUGUUUGCCAUCUCCUGGCUGCCCGUCUACCUGAUGGACAUCUGGAUUGAUUUCAACAUCCCCAAGUCUUUGCAGGAUGUGACUCCUUCUCCUUGGAUCCUGCAGCUCAGACCUUUUGCCCAGUGGCUUGGCCUCACCAAUUCCAGCCUCAACCCCAUAUGCUAUUGCUUUGUUGGGAACCUCUACAGAUCAGCCAAGGAAAUGAAGAGCAAAUACCACCAAAGAAUGGUCUCUCUCUUUAACUUCUCUCUGUCUGAAGGGGCAACUCGUUCCUCGGUCCCAGAGCUGCUCUCUUACCCGAGUUCAGUGGAGCCAGCAAGGAAAGGACCCACCACUACCCCUGCCCUGGGCAGGAGAUGUCAGGGAGGUCAUGGCCAUAAGAACAAGUGUGGACAGUUGAACUCCUGCCAGCAUCCACCUCUGAACACUGUCUCCAGUGAGAACACUUCCUUGUAAUUCUGCUCAGGAAGUGCCUCUCAUACCCUCAUCUGCAUUUGAGGACUCUAGAGGUCUUUCCAAACCCGGUAUUUUAAUGAUGGAAGAGAACUUGAUUGUAAUAGCUCUCGACACAGGUUCAAAAGUACUGUGACAGGGAAAGAAACAGGUAAAGAGAGAAAAAGAUGAUGUAUUUUAACUCAGAUCAAAUUUUAAGACAAAUGAUUUUUACUGGGGACAACUGGAUGUGUAGCCCGUUGCCCAGUCAACAGUCACAUUAAUUAGAUAGAUCAAGUUCCCAACGAGUGAGCUCUCCCUGCAGCUCCAGCUCUGGAUGCAGAAAUGCUGUUUGGAUACAGCAACAAUUUGACUGCUUGCUGCUGCUCACCCUUGAUGAUGAAGAGCAGUGAUAAGAGGCACUCUCUGCUCCAAAUCCAUCAGUUGUAGUUGUAAGCAGUGAAGAAAAGCUGGAAACAGCAUCAUAAAAAGUAAUAUAGAUGGAGAAUUUCACGCAUUUUACCACUUGAGAUUUCAUUGUCUGAUCGUAUUGUUUCACUCCUCCAUGCAAAUAAAUUCUCCUUAUGUGAAGAGACAGUGCCAGAAGUACUAAAGAAACCAUCACCACUCCACAUUUGGGAAUUCAGAAGGGAUAAUGUGGCUUCAGAGGUGAUUUAGGAAAUGCAAUAGGAAAAUAUUUUUUGGGCAUCAGCUCUCUUUCUUACAGUUCCUGUGUGUGGAGUGGAAAGAACUGGGCAUCUAUUAACAUGAUUUGCACUUGAAAAACCAGCCUUGUUCAGCUGUGUCUGUACCAAACAAAGUCAAUGGCAUGUGAAAAUAAAAAUAGAAAGUGGUUUAUAGCUAAUAAAAUCAGAAACAAUGAAUGCAAUGCUAUUUGU